AUGAGAAGAAUCGACGAUAGAUGGACUGAAAGAAUGCUAGAGUGGAUCUUGAAAGAGGCCGCUAACGAGGAUCCUUGGGAGUACAAUCUGUUUUGGACUCCGAAGCAUUAUCAUCGCGAGAAGAAAUUCAAAGAUCAGUUGGAAAUUAAAACUGAGAUCGUCGGCUUCUUCGACCUGCAGCGGCCAAUGAAGGCUGUCGGAUCGUUGGACACAUGGUAUAAACCUGAUGGAAUGCUUCUGCGAUAUCUCUGUGUGCCUCUUACUGCACGGCAGGAAACACGCAUGAGAGAUCGACCCGCCAUCAGCAUGGAAAAUUACACUAUAUACUGCGGCGAUGCUGAUGAGAACAAAAUUGUAAGUGCCCACGCACCUACAGAAACCGCUGAGGACAACAAUAAGGACGCCUUCUAUGAUGAACUCAAUGCGUUGAUCUCUAAGAUAACCGGCCAGCAGUUGGUCAUUGUCAGAAUCCACGCAAAUGUAAAGAUGAGACUCGAACAGCAAUCCGAGGUGCUAGGAAAAUGGUAUCAUCCAAUGGAGCGCACGUCGGGCAACGGUAACCGUCCGAACAGAAGGGCCUCAUCAUCGCUUCCACGUUUAAGAGGAAUCAUCGACGCCAUCAGCUCACGUGGGAGGGAUCAAACCUUUUAA